AUGGAUUUCAUUCUUUCCCUGACGCAUUUUUGCGAGGUGCAUGGCCCUACCUCGAUCAUCUGUUCCCAAGUCCUCCCUUUUUCCUGUUCGCAAUGUUAUCCCGAUAAAUACGACCUCUCCUCCGACGAUACCCCCGCCACACCCCAUGAUACCAAACCUCCUUCUUCCUCCCACCCUAAACAAAAUGAAGAUUCUACAGACACAUCUGCGACACCCAAGAUCGAAGAUCAUCCCUACUUUAUGAAAAGCAACCCCAAUCCCGCCCUUGCUGAGCCACAAAAAGAGCGCCCCAAUCGCGCUGGCCCUGGUACUGAUGGUGGAGAUACUUGCGCAAGCUGCAGUUUGACCCUUCCUGAGAAGUUGAGCAAACAGCUCCCGCCUGGUGCACCCGGUACUACCACAGAUGAUGGUAAAGGGAAGAAUGGGAGCCCCGUGUUUCGAUCCCGCGAGGUAGUCUACUCCUGCGGGAAUAACCAUGGCGAUUAUGAUGACGGCGCUCGCGACACUCAGACCUCCUUUUCCGACUCCAUGCAUUCCUCCUCUGUCGCAUCGGAUGCUUCGUCCUCUUGCCACACUCACAUGCUUACAUACCUCUCUUUGCGCGGUCCACCUAACCCCGCUGAUUAUGCUCUCCUGAGACGCUCCUCCAUCCGUACCCUCAGCUGCGAACUCCUGCCACGCGGUCUGUCGUCCGGCCCUAUUUGCUUUGGUGACUCUGUUGCCGGCUACACUAUUGCUUACAUCUUCCGUCUUCCCGACCCAAUGGCGCGCGGCAAACGGCGCAGCUAUGCCCUGGUGGCCCUUGCCGGAAAGGACGCCGGACGAGCAUUCCGCGCAUGUCCAAUCAUCUGGCGGGCAUUUGGCCGCAUCGCCGCGAGCAUCGUCAGCUCAGCGGAGAAUUACCAGGAAGAAGAAAAGCGCCGUGAGGAGGAGCAGAACGGUGCCAGCCGGGCUGGUGGCCGUCAAUACACUCCGGUCUCUUCCUUCCUGACCGGCCGCGCUCUGGACCCGGAUGGCCAGCCCCGCCGCCUCGGUCAGAUUCGCGCACGAAAUCUAGCCGAAAUCGCCGGGAAUCCGUACAUUUUUGCUGAACUACAUGCGAAUCUCACCGCCCUUCUCCAGCAAUUGGGUGCGAUGUUUGGAGGCGCUCCCAUUUCAGAGGAGCAAUUCGUCUGCAGUACCGUACGAGACGAUGAGAACUUUGCACAGCGGCGUGUUUCCCUGUCCGGCGGGAAAGGUCAAUCACAAGAAAAACAGGAUGAUGACCUUGGAUUGUCUACGCUGGAGAUUUCUGGCCCGAAACCGAUCCCAAUCGCUCCACGUCGAACUGUUAUCGCAUAA